AUGGAUGAAUCUUUCCCUUACAUCAUUGUCCUCUUUCUUCUUACUUUACUUUCAUUCAAGUUCUUUUCAAAAUGCAAAAAUAGAACAAAUCAAACAAGUGCAAAACUUCCUCCUGGUUCAGUGGGAUGGCCUUACAUAGGACAAACCCUCCAAUUCUACUCUCAAGAUCCAAACGUUUUCUUCUUCACCAAACAAAAAAGGUAUGGAGAAAUAUUCAAGACGAACAUCCUAGGAUGUCCAUGUGUGAUGUUGGCAAGUCCAGAAGCUGCACGUUUUGUGUUAGUGACACAAUCUCAUUUAUUUAAACCAACAUAUCCUAAGAGCAAAGAACGUUUGAUUGGUCCCAGUGCUCUGUUUUUCCACCAAGGUGAGUACCAUUUGCGUUUGAGGAAGCUUAUUCAAAAGUCCCUCUCCCUCUAUUCACUUCGCAACUCGGUUCAAGACAUCGAAGCCCUAGCCAUUUCCACCAUCAAAUCUUGGAGUGACGAUGAAAAUGAUGGACGCAUAAUUAACACGUUUAAGGAAAUGAAGAAAUUUUCAUUUGAAGUGGGAAUUCUCAAAAUAUUUGGAAAUCUAGAGCCAAGGUUGAGGGAAGAACUAAAGAAGAAUUAUUGGAUUGUUAACAAUGGUUACAAUUCAUUUCCAACUCAAAUUCCUGGCACACAAUACAAAAAAGCACUCGUGGCAAGAAAGAGACUUGGAAGUAUUUUAAAGGAAAUAAUAAGUGAGAGGAAGGAGAAGAAGUUGGUUGAAAAUGAAAGAGAUCUUUUGAGUUGUUUAUUGAAUUGGAAAAGUGAAAAUGGAGAAAUGUUAAGUGAUGAUGAAAUUGGAGAUAACAUUAUUGGAGUGUUGUUUGCUGCUCAGGAUACUACAGCUACUGUCAUGACUUGGGUGGUCAAGUACUUGCAUGAUGAACCCAAACUUCUUGAGUCUGUUAAGGCUGAGCAGAAGGCAAUUUACAAGCAAAAUGAUGGUAACCUACCCUUGAGUUGGAAUCAAACUAGAAAUAUGUCAAUUACCAAUAAGGUUGUGCUAGAGAGUAUGAGAAUGGCAAGUGUAAUAUCAUUUCCUUUUAGAGAAGCAGUAGCUGAUGUAGAGUACAAAGGGUUUCUAAUACCAAAAGGGUGGAAAGCAAUGCCAUUGUUCAGAAAUAUUCAUCACAAUCCAGAAUUUUUUCCAGAGCCUAAUAAAUUCAACCCUUCAAGGUUUGAGGUUUCACCAAAGCCAAAUACUUUCAUGCCAUUUGGCAGUGGAGUACAUGCUUGUCCUGGAAAUGAGCUUGCUAAGCUGGAGACCUUGAUUAUGAUCCAUCAUUUGGUCACUAAGUUUAGGUUGGAAGUGGUAGGUUCACAAUGUGGGAUUCAAUAUGGCCCAUUUCCACUGCCUUUGAAUGGACUCCCAGCUAGGUGUUGGAGAGAAUCUACAGCAACUAGAAAAAGUAUCAAUCACAUCAUUGCUGAGAAAUAA